AUGCUUCGGUCAUUACCUUUCUCCUCAUAUCGAACCUCUAGCGGGAUUGCUCGAAAAUGCGGGCAUGCAGAUCGCCCCACGUGGGCGCGUCAGACACGGUGUAACUCUACGCUUGCGAACCUUGAGGCCUCGAGGGUGCAGAUAGAGCUUACAAACAAACCUAAAUCUCGCCCGGAUCUCGUGGAUUUGAAGUUUGGCAAGUACUUCACAGACCAUAUGCUGACCAUCCCAUGGAAAGCUGAAAGCGGUUGGGGGACCCCAAAGAUACAUCCUUAUGGACCGCUGUCCAUCGAGCCCAGUGCUUCCGUAUUCCACUAUGCACCGUGUCUGUUCGAAGGCUUGAAGGCCUACAGAGACGAAAAAGGCAGAGUGACACUCUUCCGGCCCGACAUGAAUAUGAAGCGCAUGAACAGCAGUGCAGCGCGGGUAGCAUUACCCACAUUCAACGAUGACGCCCUGGUCGAACUCAUCAAGCAGCUCAUAAGGGUAGAUAACGACUGGGUCCCGAAUAAAGCGGGAUACAGCCUUUACAUUCGUCCCACAUUCAUUGGCUCGCAGCCUGCUAUCGGAAUUGCCCCGUCGAGCGAGGCGCUCUUAUUUGUUAUUUGCUGCCCUGUCGGCCCAUAUUUUCCCAAGGGCUUCAAGCCGGUCGCUCUUUACGGCACAACCGAAUAUACCCGUGCGGCAGCAGGAGGUAUUGGGGCCUUCAAGCUAGGCGCGAACUACGCUCCGGGGCUGGUGGCACAGAAGAUGGCUGAGGAGAAAGGCUAUGUUCAGAACCUGUGGUUACACGGGCCUGAGCACCAUGUUACCGAGGUCGGGACUAUGAACGCGUUUGCAGUGUUCAAGCACCCCGAUGGAGUCACGGAGCUCGCAACACCCCCAUUAGACGGCAUCAUCCUGCCUGGAGUGACGCGUGACUCUGUGCUCACCCUUGCGCGGGACCACGCGUUGGGCAAGGCCAAGGUCCCUGGGUUGACGGAUAAGCUAAAGGUCUCUGAGCGCCCCUUUACGAUGCGCGAGAUCAAGGAGGCUGCGGAGGCUGGCACGCUCGUGGAAUUCUUCGGCACUGGUACCGCGGCUGUCAUCAGUCCGGUGGACAGGAUUGGGUAUCUGGGCGAGGACAUCCACAUCCCCACUGGUCCUGAUGGAAUGGGUCCGAUCUCACGCGGGAUCUGGCAGCAGAUGGUUGGUAUUCAGACGGGUGCCAUCUCCCCACACCCAUGGAGCGUUGUGGUCAUGGAGUAGACGCUGGGAGCUCCGACGUGAGCUAGAAAGUACACUACCUGAUUAAUUACACAUAACGGAUCUUGGAAA